UGCGGUAACACGGUUGCCAUGGUUGGUUUGGAUCAAUUUAUCACCAAGAAUGCUACUUUAACUAACGAGAAGGAAGUUGAUGCCCAUCCCAUUCGUGCUAUGAAGUUCUCUGUCUCACCAGUCGUGCGUGUUGCUGUUCAAUGUAAAGUUGCCUCUGAUCUCCCCAAACUUGUUGAAGGUCUAAAGCGGUUGGCCAAGUCAGAUCCUAUGGUGGUGUGUACCAUUGAGGAGUCUGGAGAGCACAUUAUUGCUGGUGCUGGAGAACUUCAUCUUGAGAUAUGUUUGAAAGAUUUGCAGGAUGAUUUCAUGGGUGGAGCUGAGAUUAUAACAUCUUCCCCUGUUGUUUCUUUCCGUGAGACCGUCCUUGAGAAGUCCUGCCGUGUUGUGAUGAGCAAGUCCCCCAACAAGCACAACCGUCUUUACAUGGAGGCCAGGCCUAUGGAGGAAGGGCUUGCUGAAGCUAUCGAUGAUGGUCGUAUUGGUCCCAGGGAUGAUCCAAAGGCACGCGCAAAGAUUUUAUCGGAGGAAUUUGGUUGGGAUAAGGACCUUGCAAAGAAGAUCUGGUGUUUUGGUCCUGAGACUACUGGACCAAACAUGGUGGUUGAUAUGUGUAAAGGAGUGCAGUACCUGAAUGAAAUUAAGGACUCUGUUGUUGCUGGGUUCCAGUGGGCAUCAAAGGAAGGAGCACUGGCUGAAGAAAACAUGAGAGGUAUCUGCUUUGAAGUCUGUGAUGUGGUGCUCCACACUGAUGCUAUUCAUAGAGGUGGUGGUCAGAUUAUUCCAACUGCUAGGAGGGUUAUCUACGCAUCACAGCUUACAGCCAAGCCCAGGCUUAUGGAACCUGUUUACUUGGUGGAGAUCCAAGCCCCAGAGCAGGCACUUGGAGGUAUCUACAGUGUUCUUAACCAGAAACGUGGGCAUGUCUUUGAGGAGUUACAGAGGCCUGGUACCCCAUUGUACAACAUCAAGGCAUACCUACCGGUUAUUGAGUCCUUUGGAUUCUCAAGCACUUUGAGGGCUGCCACAUCAGGACAGGCCUUCCCACAAUCCGUGUUUGAUCACUGGGAGAUGAUGUCUUCUGAUCCAAUGGAAGCUGGUACACAAGCAUCAACUCUCGUGGCAGAGAUUCGCAAGAGAAAGGGUUUGAAGGAGCAGAUGACUCCUCUAUCUGAGUACGAGGACAGGCUGUAAUCAUUUGUUGAGUGAGUGUGAAGAUGAUAAGACAAUUUUUUUUGCUUACUUUUUUGUACUCAAGUUAUUUUUUUUAUUACUCUCAGUAGUAAUAUGUUGGGACUAGUCCUUUAUAUUUCUUCUAGUAUUAAGGUCUACUGUGAUGUUGUGGUACCUGGUAUUCUGAAUUUUGCCAACCAUUUCAGGUUGAUUAUAAUGCUCUUUUCAUUUCA